CUUGAGAUUCCUACACUUUUUGAGUUUCUGUGGUAACUGCUGCGGCUGAAUACACCCACAACUCAGCAUCUUUUCAAAGUACCAGAUAAAUAAGUUCCCCCCCUCCAUAUCCCACCCCCACCGCGUUGCUCGUAUAACUCCAACUUGCAUUCCCCACUUUCAACAGAGUUCCCUCCUGCAGCAUCUGGUGCAGCACUGACGUUACCUGUGGAGGUGAGGGGAGACUACCUCCAGCCGCAAGACUUACGGAUGGAACUUUGAAUGUUUAUAUUUUGUUACCCUAAAACUUGGGACACUGGGAUACACGCAAAUCCAAGGGGAGCUUUUGGGCAAAUGCCCCUGCGAUGCUGUGGAUGUGACUUCAAACAACAGCUUCACGACGGUGUAGAGUCCUGUAAACCACAAUGAAAGACGACUUUGCUGAUGAAGAGGAGGUGCAGUCCUUCGGUUAUAAGAGGUUUGGUAUUCAGGAGGGUACAGAGUGCACCAAGUGUAAAAAUGACUGGGCGUUAAGGGCAGCUAUUGCACUCCUCUAUGUGCUCUGUGCCCUGCUCACCAUAGCAGUGGCUGUCCUUGGAUACAAAGUGGUCCAGAGAAUGGACAGCGUCACAGAGGGAAUACAGAAAUAUGGAGGCAAGAUUGAUGCUGUGGAGACAGACUUAAAGAAACUAGAUGAUCAGGCAGAAAGGAAAUCAUUUAAUGCCACAAGUGAAAUCAAGACUUUCAAGUCCAAACUGGUGACAUUACAGAACCAGCUGAAUAACAUUACCCUCAGGGCAAAUAGAAACAAGGAAGUUCUGGAUGGGCUUCAGAUUACAGGGGAUGACAUGCAAAACAGCCAUGCAUCCUUGCAGAGUUAUCUUGAAGGCAAUGCUGCCACACUGCGUGGGCUCAACCAGUCCUUGAACUCCUACAGUGGACUAAUUAAUGACCUUCAGACAGACACCUCAUGGCUCCAAUCAGAGUUACAGGGUCAGGUCAAAGUGCAGACCCAGACCCAGGUUAGCAUUAAUGCGCUAAACAUUACCCAGUUUCAGCAGCGCAGUCUGCUCAGCACGCUGCAGAAGACAGUUGAAGACGCAGGCCAGGCAGUGCAGAAACUCAAGAAUGACUAUCAGGGUCUGCAGCAGACAGCCAGACAGACCCAGGCCGACACAGAGUGGCUAAAGGGAAAGGUCCAGAACAUCCAUGUUUUGGCAGCCAACAACUCAGCCCUGGCCCAGUCCAAUGGGGAAGCUGUUGAGGAUUUGGGUGCUCAGCUCAGCACACUAGCCAGCCAGAUCCAGAACACCUCAGCCCUCACUGAGGGGCACAACCAGAGCUUGUGUGAGCUGAUGGACCACCAGCGAGACCACGAUAAUGCCACUUCAUCCAAGUUUGAUGAGAUGGAAGCACGGUUAGACAGACAUGAGAAUGACAUAGACCGUGUGACUGGAAAUGUAAGCUUUUCCGCUCAGCUCCUCGGUACCCUCAGCUCUAAUCUGAACAGCCUGAGGUCCUGUGCUGAGACAGUGAUGCUACAUUCAGAUCUGUUACUGGGGCUGAAUAGUAGUGUAACUGAGGCCAAGGCAGAGAAUAAAGAGCUGCGCACCCAGCAGGAUGAACUGGCAGCCAGGUUGGGCAGAGAAGUCAACAACCUGUCUAUGGUGAUGGAAAAGAUGAAGGUGGUGGACAGCAAACACAACUUCACCAUCCUGCAGGGUCCACCGGGUCCAAGGGGCCCCAGGGGUGACAAGGGUCCUCAAGGGCCAGUGGGCCAGCCAGGACAAAGGGGUGAUAAAGGAGAUAAAGGGAUACCAGGAUAUGUGGGACCUAAAGGAGAGAAAGGUGAUGCCGGACCACCGGGUCCAUUCGGUGCAGUGGGUGCACCUGGGGCUCAGGGUCUUCCAGGGCCUAAAGGUUUGAGAGGCUCUGGAGGUCGAUCUGGAAACACUGGUGAUAAAGGUGACCCAGGCCCUCUAGGGCUUUCUGGUAGGGAAGGACCAUCAGGGUUCCCAGGACUACCAGGGCCACCGGGGCCCAGAGGAGAAGCAGGACCUGUAGGAUUGGAAGGGCAUGUUGGACCCAUGGGCCCUCGUGGUUCUCCGGGGCCACCAGGACCACCAGGACCACCUGCUGUCCAUAUAAUACCUCCUGAGCCCACUCAGGUCUCUGAACCCCCCAAACCAGCAGAACCACAAAUCUCUGCAUCCCCACAGCCCCAGCCCCAUGUUGCAGUGCCCGGUUGCCCACCUGAGUUCAGAAGCUUUGGAGACAGCUGCUAUUACUUCUCCUCUGGUUCUCAGAGACUCAGCUUUGAUGAUGCCAACCAGUUUUGUACCAACAAGUCCUCUCAUAUGCUCAUUAUCAAUGAUGAUGAGGAGCAGCAAUUUGUGAGAACUGCAAUUGCAGGAAAAGGUUAUUUCUGGCUGGGCCUGACUGACAAGGAGGAAGAAAAUGUCUGGAAGUGGGUGGAUGGAACCAUACCUGUGUUCAAGAAGUGGAAGCCUGGCCAGCCUGAUAACUGGACCCAUGGCCAUGAAGAUGGCGAGGAUUGUGCCGGCCUUAUCCAUGAUGCCAACUGGAAUGAUUUCUACUGCACUGAUCGCAUUGGUUUCAUCUGUGAACGUGCCUCUUGACUUGGACGUUCCAGCUUUAUAGCAUCUAUUUAAGAUGGUGUGAGCUGUCUGUGGGAGAAAGGUGAAGAGUGCUGAAAUGGAAGUUGAAGAUGUGAGGAUAAUGAAGGACACAAGGAGGAGCACUAGGUAACUAGAGGACUCUGAUAAAGCCAGUCCAAUCCAGCAUCACUGAGACUUGGACUGAUCUUUGUUUUAAAGGCACUUUACAACACAGUAUGGUGCAGAAGAUGGAAGAAGCACAGAGCCAGCCCACUAUGGUAUGUGUACUGGGAGAAACAAAAGAAUGUAGUCAUUUAAUUGGGCUAUACUAAGUCAUUAUUUAGUGCAGCCACUAUUGUAUAGGUGUACUGUAUCUGUAAAUAAUUUUUCACAAAAGCUACAUUAUUGGUUGGGAUUGAAUUUCAUAUUGUUUCAUUUUUUUUUGUGACUUUUUUCUUUAUGCCACAGAUUCAGAACUGUGAUUUGACAGUGCUGCUAGGAAAAUGAUGAGCACUCACUCACCAUUAGUAAAUGACUGCACACUCAGCUAACAAGUACAAAUAAAGCUAGUUGUGUGGUUGCUGAGUCAGCAGCAUCCACACUACGGUAUCCUGCUCUUUAUUAGUAUUCUUCUGUACAUUUUUUGCCGCUGAAUAACUCCAGCAUACUUUCAGCUAGAAAAACCAUUCAAAUAUCAAACUGUUCAAGGACAUUAUGGCAUACAUUCAACUUUUUGGUAACAUUUAUUUAAAAAAAAUCCCAUUGAAAAGAACAGGAGAGUCUUGAAAUCUUCACCCUCU